AUGACGAUCUGUAAUUAUAACGCACGUACGCUUGCAUUGGAAGCGGCCGCCGAAGAUCUGAUGAUGCAAGCCAAGAAGAUCAAGUACGACGUCAUCGGACUAACCGAGACCCGAACAUGCGACAGUAGAGGUGUUGGUGGAGUUGGCGUCCUCGUCAACACGAGUACGGCAAAGAACAUCGACUCUUUCGAACAACUUACGACCCAAAUCGGACGUCUGCGAAUGAGAAGAUGUCCAACACCAGCUUUGACUAUCUUCGUCGCAACAUCAAGCUACGAAGAAGAAGAAGUCGAAACUUUCUAUAUGGACCUGGAGAAGUUCUACCGAGAAGAUCAUGCUUUCUAUGAAGUCAUAAUUGAUGAUUUCAACGCCAAGGCUGGGCCAAGAAGAACGCCUGAGGAACUUCACAUCGGGACCCACGGCCUACAGUGGAACUACCAAGGGGAGAGGCUCUCCGAGUUCAUCAUGACGACUAAGACCAUCCAUGGGAACUCGCAAUUCCAGAAGCCCUCAUAUCUACGCUGGACGUGGGAGUCACCCGGUGGAGGGUACCGUAAUGAAAUAGACCACAUCAUCGUCAAUAAAAGGUUCUGCCUGACGGACGUCGGUGUUGUACCAAAGUUCUAUACGGGAUCGGACCAUCGCCUCCUCCGAGGAAGAUUUUCCUUCACAAGGAGAGCAGAGAAAGCCGCCAAGUUCAGAGAGAGAAAUCCCAGGACUAUCAUCAACUGGGAUCUCUUCGCUAUGCUAGCCGGCUUUUGGGAAGAUUCCGCAGUGGACAACAUCGACGAGGAAUAUGACCGGCUCGUCGAACACCUUCAUGACUGCGCGGAGAAGGCUGAGAGUUUUAAAACCACCAAGAGACGCCUGUCUCUUAAAACUCUUGAGCUGAUACGCCAGCGUGGAGCAGCACGAUGCGCUAGGAACCAAAAGCUCACGUCCGAGCUCGCAAGGCUUUGCAGAGAGGCGAUAAAGGAAGACCUUAAAGAGAGAAGACCAGAAGUGCUGGCUGAAGCUGCAGAGGCGGAGAAAAACAUCAGCUAUGCCCGUCGAGACUUCGCCAGUCGCAAGAGAAGGAUGACUGCUCUCCGGAACUCGACCAUUGCAUCGAGAAGGGGAUGGAGAAAAUCAUCUACGACUUCUACUCUGAUCUCUUCGACAGCCAUGUCCACUUGCCUUCUCACCAUCUGA